UCCAGUGUUGCUUUUCGAUUGACAGCUAGCAACGAGUGAAGUUUACUGGGAGUCUACCAAACGGUCACUGUUUUAGCCUCCCCUAGUGGAUUUUGGCUUCAUUUCGACCGAUCCCUAGGGAUUAUUCUUUAACAAUGGAAUAAGAAGUAAUCAUGGUGGUAAAUUCAGUGCACUGGUUUCGCAAAGGUCUGCGGUUGCACGAUAAUCCGGUGUUGCAGGAGGCCCUCAAUGGAGCGGACACCGUGCGCUGUGUUUAUAUCCUAGACCCGUGGUUCGCUGGCGCAGCCAACGUGGGAAUCAACCGAUGGAGGUUUCUGCUGGAGGCUCUGGCGGACCUGGACAGCAGUCUGAAGAAGCUCAAUUCCAGAUUGUUUGUAGUCAGAGGGCAGCCUACUGAUGUUUUACCAAGGCUUUUUAAGGAAUGGAAAGUGACCAGGUUGACAUUUGAAUAUGACCCAGAGCCUUACGGCAAGGAGAGGGAUGGAGCCAUCAUCAAGAUGGCCCAAGAGUUUGGAGUGGAGACCAUUGUCAGAAACGCACACACCCUCUACAACUUGGAUAGGAUAAUAGAGGCGAACAACAACAGUCCUCCUCUGACCUUUAAGCGGUUUCAGACCAUUGUGAGCAGACUGGAAUUGCCCAGGAGACCUUUGCCUCCCAUCACCCAGCAGCAGAUGGAAAAUUGUCGCACUGAAAUAGCUGAUAACCAUGACCAGCUAUACAGCAUACCUUCACUGGAAGAACUAGGUUUCAGGACAGUCGGUUUGCCUUCAGCUGUGUGGCGGGGAGGAGAGACGGAGGCCUUGGACAGACUCAACAAACAUCUGGACAAAAAGGUGUGGGUGGCCAACUUUGAGCACCAUCGUGUCAACACGUGCUCUCUGUAUGCCAGUCCCACUGGCCUCAGCCCCUACCUGCGCUUUGGCUGUCUGUCCUGUAGGGUUUUGUACUACAACCUGAGAGAGCUCUACAUGAAGCUCCGGAAGCAUUGCAGUCCUCCUCUGUCCCUGUUCGGCCAGCUGUUAUGGAGGGAAUUCUUUUACACAGCUGCCACCAACAACCCAAACUUUGACCACAUGGAGGGAAACCCCAUCUGUGUUCAGAUCCCAUGGGACCAGAACCCAGAGGCACUAGCCAAGUGGGCUGAGGGUCGGACUGGUUUUCCCUGGAUUGACGCCAUCAUGACCCAGCUGAGACAGGAGGGCUGGAUCCACCACCUGGCCCGGCAUGCCGUCGCCUGUUUCCUCACCAGGGGAGAUCUGUGGAUCAGCUGGGAGAGUGGUAUGAAGGUGUUUGAGGAGCUGCUGCUGGAUGCAGACUGGAGUGUAAAUGCUGGGAGCUGGAUGUGGCUGUCCUGCAGUGCCUUCUUCCAGCAGUUCUUCCACUGCUACUGUCCUGUUGGCUUUGGGAGGAGAACUGACCCAUCAGGAGACUACAUCAGGCGUUACAUCCCCAUCUUGAAGGACUAUCCAAACCGGUACAUUUAUGAGCCAUGGAACGCCCCAGAGUCAGUCCAGAAGGCAGCCAAAUGUGUGGUGGGAGUGGAUUACCCCAAACCUAUGAUCAACCACGCAGAGGGCAGCAGGCUCAACAUUGAGAGAAUGAAACAAGUUUACCAGCAACUCUCCCAUUACAGAGGACUCAGUUUACUAGCAUCGGUACCAACGAUCCAAGAGGAGGCAGAGCCACCAAUGACUGAUGAGUCCCGGACCAGCAGUGGCCCUGACUCUCCUCCCAAAGGCCCUGCUGACAGUGAAGCAGCUGACUGCUCUACAGCUCCUGAUUCAUCCACAGUCUGUGCAUUCUCCACCUAUUCCCCAUAUCCAGACCUGGAGGUGGCAGCAAACAGUCACCCUUCCCAGACACCCUGCGCCUGCUCAGUCUCACACACACAGCACUCUGCAGCCAUAACAUCUACAUCUGCCAGCCAAGCUCUGUGUACAGCAGCUCCUCCCUCCCCAGCCUCAACACCAACCCAGAGCAGUCUGUCAAGGUUCAAACCCUCCUCCCCUUCUUCUUCUUCAUGUCCCACCAUGUCCCCAUCCCCCAGUCCAGCCAUGACCAUGAGUCAGCACUCCUUUUUGGGGCAGAAGAGGAAAGGCCUUGUCAGCAAGGUGCAGUGUAUCCAGAGGCAGCGAGGGCGACAAAGCUGCACUCCAGCAGCCGGAGAGGUAGAGAGGAGAGCCGAGGAAGAGGAGAGGGAGGAAGCCGGAGUGGAGGAGAAGAUGGAGCAGGAUGUUGAUCAGGAUGAGGAGAGAAUGGAGGAAGAGACAGCAGGUCCUCAGCAGUGAUACGAGGUGGAAAUCAAAAGAACAAUCUUCAAACAUCCAUCCCAGACAACUGGACUCAUAAAGACAUACAAGGGAAAGUGUUCUGGAUAUGUGCGCAACACAAAUAUAUAUGAGCAUGCAUACAGCACAAGUGGAAGCGGUACAAAUGCAUUUUUACUCACAUUUACUACAGCCAGAAAAAAAAAAUGAAAAUACUGUCUACAAAAGCAUUUAAAUAAGCGUAGCUCCAUGAAAAUAAAUUACCCAUUUUAACAUUUUAGAACCGAACCAGUCUAGAAUGACCGUAAAUUACUCAAUAACAUUUUUAUUUAAUAAAAAAAAAUAAAUAAAUAAAUAAAAUGGAGGAGGUCAUAAACA